CUCAGCAGAGUUCCAUAACUGUUGGAGGUUAAGGUGGAUUCAGGGCUGUUUUUUUUGUUGUUGUUUUGGAUCAGAUCAAGUAACAGAGUCAUUGUGAUGUACUGAUUGGACAUGUUAUAAUAGUUUCAGCGCUUUGGACAGAUGUUUGCUGUGGUUUAAAAUGAAGACUGUAUUCUCUGUAGGUGAAUAUGGAAGGGUGGUUAGAGUUUCCCCCGGUCUCCAGUAAAGUGGAGCAGCAGAAGAUCCAGCUCUGAUCAGCAGCUCCACACCUCUGUACUCAGACUGCUCUGCUGGAGGAACACCAUCAGCUCACCUGCUGCAGAACUGAACCAAGUCUUCUCCUGAUGCCAGUGUCAACUUUUGUACCUGAUGAAGUUUAGCUUCACAAAUACAAUCGGAAGAUUUCACAUAUGUUAAGCUGCUGAACGAAGGGGAGAACAUGGCAUCCAGAAAAAUCUCCAGUACACAGCAAACACCCUCUCCUACAGCUCACAGGGAAAUGCAGAAAAGUAACAAAACUCAUCACUGUUCAGACUGUGGAAAGAACUUUACUAAAAAGUUUCAUCUCCAGCGACACCAGCGCAUUCACACUGGAGAGAAACCAUAUCAGUGUCCAGACUGUGGGAAGAGAUUUAAUGAACAGGGUAAUCUACAGCAACACCAGCUUGUUCACACCAGAGAGAAACCGUAUCUCUGCUCAGAGUGUGGAAAGAGUUUUAGUAAUCACAGUAGUUUCCGAACACACAAACGUCUUCACACUGGAGAGAAACCGUUUCACUGCUCAGACUGUGGGAAGAGUUUUAAUAAUCAGAGUAGUCUCCAAGCACACAGACGUAUUCACACUGGAGAGAAACCGUAUCACUGCAUAGAAUGUGGGAUGUAUUUUAAUCAUCAAAGUAAUCUCCAACAACACCAGCGGAUUCACACUGGAGAGAAACCGUAUCAGUGCUCAGAGUGUGGAAAGAGUUUUAGUAAUCAGAGUAGUUUCCGAUCACACCAGCGCAUUCACACUGGAGAGAAACCAUAUCACUGCUCAGACUGUGGGAAGAGUUUUAAUCAACACAGUACUCUACUAACACACCAACGCAUUCACACUGGAGAGAAACCAUAUUACUGCUCAGAGUGUUCAGCAAGCUUUAGGCAUUUACACUCAUUUAAGAAUCACAAGUGCAUCAUGAACAGUCUUGGAACUGGGCAGUAACACACCUAAAACCAUUCCUUGUCAUCAAGGCAAGAAUAUAAUCUUUUUUCCUGACCAGCAUUGUUAAAGUUUUCAGUUAGUUUUGAUGGACUCACAGGUUUCUAUAAUAGAUAGGUAGUAAGUGUUUUAACUUUGACAAUGAUCAGUACAAAUACACGACAACAAAAUGCAGUUGACAUGUUUAAAAAGUGGAAAUAGUAGCACUGUUUUUAACUGUGAUAAUAUUACUACAUGUCUAUGAUAGAUAUGUUUAUCGGUCACUAUACUGUAAGACAUUACUUAUUGAAAUUAAAUGUAGGCUUUCAGCUAAUCGUGCAUAAUGAAAUCUAAUCUAAAACCCGUAUUGUUAUUAAGAGAGUGAAGCAAGUGUCAUGUGAUUAAUCUUGCUUGUGCUGACCCAGUUGUCUGCAACUAGUUUUUCUUGAUACUUGGGCUGAACUGUGUAUGUGGGUGGGUGUGCAAAGGACAGUUACGCUGACAACUCAAAACUGAAUGUCCAAUCUGUACUUUGUAAUGCAGAAAUCAGUGCCUAAAGAGCAGAGAGAAGGCUGGUUGGUAGGCAUCCUGGCAGGCAGAGAACAGUAGUAAUCAAUAAAUAAUGUCUUAACUCAAUCAGUUAGAACUAGUUUUUGAAGAACUACUUCACUGACCUUUGAACAGUAAGUCUGUGUGUGGUAAGUCUGUGGUUUUGGGUGAUAUAAGAUCUGGCAACUGUAAUGAUCCUUGAACCUCUUCUCUUAAAAGUCCCAAAGGUUCCCAAAGCUCUGUUUUAAUAAAUUGUUAAUUUGCUGAA